AUAAUGAAUUUGAAAACAAAACGUGAUUGUUCUCGUUCAGAAUUUGUUUUCUUUCAUUAAAUUCGUUCGUCAGGAUAGUUUGAUAUUUCCAGAAACAUGGCUGAACCACCGCCCGAUGAUUCGGCGCCGGUUCGCCUCAAAACCCUUGAAAAUAUUUAUAUGGAUGGCCCGAGCAAAAAACCCGAGGCACUUUCAUUUGAAACUUUAAUAGAUUCCCUUAUUUGUUUAUACGAUGAAUGCUGCAACAGUACGUUACGGAAGGAGAAGUGUAUCGCAGAAUUUGUUGAAUCAGUGAAAACAGUGAUCAGCAAAGCGAAGAAGCUACGAUUGUCUCGAGAUGACUUCGAAGUUCUCAAAGUUAUCGGAAAAGGAGCAUUCGGAGAAGUUGCCGUCGUAAGAAUGCGUGGUGUUGGUGAAAUUUACGCGAUGAAAAUACUGAACAAGUGGGAAAUGGUAAAAAGAGCAGAAACUGCGUGUUUUCGAGAAGAACGCGAUGUUCUUGUGUACGGAGAUCGACGAUGGAUCACUAAUUUGCAUUACGCUUUUCAAGAUGAGAAGAAUUUGUAUUUCGUAAUGGACUACUACAUUGGCGGAGAUAUGCUUACUCUUUUAUCAAAAUUCGUAGAUCACAUACCAGAAUCAAUGGCCAAAUUCUACAUUGCUGAAAUGGUUCUUGCGAUUGAUUCACUUCAUCGGUUAGGAUAUGUGCAUCGGGACGUGAAGCCUGACAAUGUGCUUCUCGAUAUGCAAGGACACAUUCGGCUCGCUGAUUUCGGAAGUUGUCUGAGGAUCUUAGCCGAUGGAUCUGUUGCGUCGAAUGUUGCUGUAGGAACACCUGAUUAUAUUUCACCUGAAAUACUCAGAGCAAUGGAAGACGGCCGCGGGCGGUACGGAAAAGAAUGUGAUUGGUGGUCACUUGGUAUUUGUAUGUAUGAAAUGCUGUACGGUACAACACCGUUCUAUUCGGAACGACUCGUUGACACUUACGGUAAAAUUAUGAGCCAUCAAGACAUGCUCGACUUCCCCGAUGAUGAAAUCGAUUGGGUUGUGUCGGAAGAGGCAAAGGAUCUUAUACGACAACUUAUCUGUUCGAGUGAUGUUCGAUUCGGACGAAAUGGUCUCAGUGAUUUCCAGUUGCAUCCGUUCUUUGAGGGAAUCGAUUGGAAUACGAUUCGAGAUUCGAAUCCACCAUAUGUACCCGAGGUUUCAAGUCCUGAAGAUACUUCAAAUUUUGAUGUGGACGUUUGUGAGGAUGAUUUUACGCCUUGUGAAACACAACCUCCUCGAGUACUCGCCGCUUUCACUGGAAAUCAUCUUCCGUUUGUUGGCUUCUCAUAUACCCACGGUAGUUUACUAUCCGAUGCUCGAUCACUUACGGAUGAAAUACGAGCGAUAGCACAGCGAUGUCAAGGAGACGCAGAAUUAAUGGAGAAAAGUGUCGAUGGGUUUAUGGUAGAACUCGAGAAUGAGAAGGCCGAGCUUGUGCAAAAACUGAAAGAAGCUCAAACAAUUAUUGCACAACAUGUCGCUGAAAAUCCCCGAUCUGAAGAAGAUAGGAAUUAUGAAUCGACGAUAGCACAGCUGAAAGACGAAAUACAAAUUCUCAAUAAACGAUUGGAAGAUGAAGCUCUUGCUCAACAACAACAAAAGCCGAAAGAUGAAAUUGUGGCGGAAAGUGAAAAGAAAUUGAAGGAAUUGAAAGAACGAAAUAAGCAGUUGGUUAUGGAGAAAAGUGAGAUUCAAAGAGAGUUGGACAAUAUCAACGAUCAUUUGGAUCAAGUUUUGGUGGAGAAAGCUACAGUAGUACAGCAACGAGAUGAUAUGCAAGCUGAACUGGCUGAUGUUGGAGAUUCUUUAUUAACCGAAAAAGAUUCUGUGAAACGGUUACAAGAUGAAGCUGAAAAGGCCAAAAAGCAAGUGGCAGAUUUCGAAGAGAAGCUGAAAGAAAUUGAAACAGAGAAAAUUGCAUUGAUUAAAAAGCAAGAAGAGGUCACAAUUGAAGCUCGAAAGUCGGUUGAAACUGAUGAUCAUCUUUCGGAAGAAGUUGUCGCUGCAAAGAAUACCAUUGCCUCAUUACAAGCAACCAACGAAGAGCGAGAGACUGAAAUUAAGAAGCUCAAGCAGAGAAUGGACGAAGAACGAGCAUCUCAUACCGCCCAAUCAGAACAAGAAAUGAAGCAACUGGAAGCUCACUACGAACGAGCACAGAAAAUGCUUCAGGACAAUGUUGAGCAAAUGAACGUCGAAAAUCGUGGUCUUCGUGAUGAAAUCGAGAAGCUCUCUCAACAAAUGGCCGCUCUUCCACGUGGAGGUCUCAAUGAACAGCAACUCCACGAGAUUUUCAAUUGGGUCAGUGAAGAGAAGGCUACCCGUGAGGAAAUGGAGAAUUUGACGAGAAAGAUCACCGGAGAAGUUGAGUCUUUGAAAAAUAAUUCUCCAUUGACCACGUCCAACUACAUUCAAAAUACACCAUCCGGAUGGGGAUCACGAAGAAUGAAUAACGUUGCCAGGAAAGACGGGUUGGAUUUACAACGACAACUUCAAGCUGAAAUUGAUGCAAAGUUGAAGCUGAAAGCUGAGCUUAAGAACUCCCAAGAACAAUACCUAACAUCAGCUGCCAGAUUAGACGACACUGAAAAACGAAUGGCUUCUCUGAUGCGUGAAGUGGCGAUGCUUAAGCAACAGAAAAAUAUUGAAAACUCUUCGGACAGCGCAUUCUCGUCAACGAUGGGACGUGGUGAUUUGAUGAUCAGCAUGAACAACGAUUACGAGAUGUCAAAUUCAUCAUUGAUGAGACAGGAAAUGAUAUCUCGCCAAUCCACUCCUUCCUACGAAAACGCGAUACUUCUUCAUGACCAUCAAGUGCCAAAGCGAGUUGAUGACUUGAGAUAUAAACAAAAACCAAUGAAAACGGCUAGUGGAAUCUUCUCUCCAGUAUCGAUAUCAGCUAUGGAACGAGGUCAUAACUUUGAGAGAAUGAAGAUCAAAACACCCACCAAAUGCGGGCAUUGUACAUCGAUUCUCAUUGGUCUUGAUCGUCAAGGAUUAUUCUGUCAAAGCUGUCAGUAUGCAUGCCACGUGUCAUGUGCAGAGCGGGUGUCUCAAUCGUGUCCUGUGCCAGAAGAAGAACGUCGACCACUGGGAAUCGAUCCGACACGCGGAGUUGGAACAGCUUACGAAGGUCUUGUGAAGACACCUCGUGCUGGAGGAGUUCGGAAAGGAUGGCAAACUGCAUACGUUGUAGUAUGCGAUUUCAAACUUUACCUCUACGAUUGUACUGUGGACAGACAAAACAAAAUGCAAGAUGUAAAGAAUGAGAUUCGAUUGGUGCUUGACAUGCGUGAUCCUGAUUUCACCGUUUGUGGAGUCAGUGAAGCCGAUGUUAUUCACGCUCAGAAAGGUGAUAUUCCAAAAAUUUUCCGAGUCACGACAACUCAAAUUUUGAAUUCAUCAUCUGAAUAUUCGUCUUCAUCGAAGUUCUAUACAUUGUUCAUGGCUGAAACUGAAGAAGAAAAACGAAAAUGGGUGGUUGCUCUGAGUGAACUGAAGACAUUGCUGAGAAGAUCAAAGCUGGCGGAUCGAAAAGCAUUCCUUGUGAAAGAAGUUUUCGAUGUGACAACACUUCCAUCUAUCCGAGUUGCUCAAUGCUGUGCGAUCAUUGAUCGAUCGAAAAUAGUCAUAGGAUUCUCGGAUCACGGAUUAUACUGCAUCGAGAUUAGUCGCCAAUUGCUGAUCCCUGUUGGUGGUGAGAAAGAGAACAAACAGCGGUGUGUUGAAACAGUUGAGUACGACGAAGCCGAGCAAUUGCUCAUGAUGAUUGUUGGUCCAGCCAAGGAUCGUCAUGUUCGGAUAGUUCCAAGUGCAGCACUGGACGGUCGAGACUUGAAAUGGAUCAAAGUGAACGAUACGAAAGGAUGUCAUUUGCUGGCUGUUGGUACCAAUAAUCCUGGUGGAAGAGCUGGUUUCUUUGCUGUUGCCUUCAAAAAGAGUGUCACCAUCUUCCAAAUAGAUCGGUCAGAGAAACGGCACAAAAAGUGGAAGGAUCUCGCCAUGCCAGGCACUCCCCAAUCAAUUGCUAUUUUCAACGGCCGUCUAUACGUUGGAUUCUCCCACAGCUUCCGUUCCUGGUCACUUGUUGGAGUUGACUCAUCGCCAGUCGGAAGUGGUGAUGCAAGUGGAGCCGUUCUUCAGCAUAUCUCUCUUGUCAACAUGGAGGACACUUCACUGCAAUUCCUCAACCAACAAACAUCCUACGAGGCAAAAUUGAUUGUGAAUGUACCAGGUUCUCCAGAUGAAUAUCUCCUCGUGUUCAAUAUGAUUGGUCUUUAUGUCAACGAAAUGGGCCGUCGAUCUAGGCUACCAGAAGUGAUGUUCCCGACACAGGCCAAAUAUUUCGCCUACCACGAGCCGUAUUUAUGUGUGUUCUCGGAGAAUGAAGUCGACAUUUUCAAUGUGACCCUUGCUGAAUGGGUUCAAACAAUCAAUUUGAGAUCGGCAAAACCACUUUCUGGUGAUGGAAUUCUCUCAACAUGCCUUUGCAAUGACUCUCCAAUAUUCGUACUUCUUCAAAAUGUGCUCCAAGAUCAAGAUUCAAUAGAAGUUCCAGUGAAUUUGGCAUCUGGAAGCACUGAUGGACGGAAAGUGACGCGACGGAAGUUCACCUUCCGAACAAUCGGAAAAGAUGAUAGGAGUGCUUCGGAGCGUCGGAGUCACAUACAAAUCUCGACCCCAUCGGAUUUCAUGCAUAUAGUUCAUAUGGGUCCCGCACCGGUCAUGGAGCUACAACAAAAUUUCAUUGACUUGCAGUCGAAUCAUUCGCAUACUUCAUCCGAUAAGGAUUCACUGAACAGAUCUGUAAAUAACGACUAAUUCUGCAACUCUCUCCUUCUCGUCUACAUACUUAUUUUUCUCCCAAUUUCCAAAAAAUCAAAACGAUGUAAAUCUGGUGCUAUCUCCCUCUCUAGACAUAACGCCUUCAUAUCUGGUGCCCUCCCCCUCAUCCCCUCAUCAACUUUGUACUUCUUGUGCGUUUUCUCUUUUUUUUCUCACUUCCGUAGAACAAGCAUAAUUUUAGAAAUAAUCCCCCUCCCCUGAUCAUCUAUUUAUUGACUGUCUCUUGUACUCAUUGUGCACACUUCUCUAUCCAAAGUCGUGACAAUAUUACCAUUUUCUUUUUUUUUUAAAUUUUCUUACGCUAAUUUAUUUCAUUUUACAUUUUUCACUCCUCUCUCAUCAUGUCUCAUUUCAAAAAUUGCUCUCUCUCUCUCUUUCUCAACGAAACGAUUAUUGCUAUUCAAAUUUUCGAUUAUUUUUUCAAUAGAGAAAAAUAUAUGUCUUGUCUUUUUUCUGUAUAACUAAGAUUUUUAAGAUAUUGCUUCAAAACCACCUUUUUUCUCAAAUUUUCCGCCUUUUCGCUCGACAUUCUGGUGUGUAAUUGUGUGUCCGUUUUCUUUUUAUGUGCUUAAACUCCUUUCAAAGUCUCACUGAGAGAUAAAAUCUGUUUUUUU